GGGUUGGGGGGUUUCGAGCAAAGGCCCAACAGAAGGGGUGAGGAAAAGCCAGCAACUGAGCGAACAUGGGGUCGGAGACGAUGAAAGAGGAACUACACUGCAGCAGCAGCAGCAGCGGAGAUGAAGACGGUGAUGAAGAAUGGAAAGCCGCCAUCAACUCCGCCGCCUCCACCUUUCCGGGUUGUUCUCAGCCCAACCCAACACCCACUCCUGCGUCUGAUGACGACGAUGAGGACGUCAAACUUCAACCCCAGCCCAUCAAGCACUAUCAAAUUAAGGCACAAAAGACCCUGGAUGACAUAUUGACUAAAUCUUUAGACAUGGUGGAAAGUUCAGAUCCCAUUGACGCCAUUGACGACGAUCCGGUUUUAAAUGAUGGCGGGGUUCGUUUAUUCAAGCAAGCUCCAGUCGGCAUAGUGUUUGAUCAUAGAGUUGAACUGAAGGGACCAAAAAGGAAACCCAGAAUUCUUCCUGGUGAAGCGAUAGAUGAGAAAUCAAAGAAGUUUAAAAGAAGAUUGCAGUCUGUUGUUGUUGAGGGAACGGAUAUCUUAGAUACUGCAAAAGAUGCAACCCAAAAAUCUCUAUCUAAACUGAAAGCUAAAGAAGCUGCUGCAAAAGAAGCUGCUAAAAGAGAGGAAGAAAGGGUAGCACAGUUGAAGAAAAUUAGGGGAGAGAGAUGGUUGCCAUCAAUUGCUAAAGAAAUGCAGGUAAAAUCUCGAGUUCGUUAGUUCAGGCUCAAGUAUGAAGUUCCUCAAUGAGCACAACUCCAUCUGCAAGUUCUGAAUGCACUAAUGUUCUGUCACAGUAGCGUCUGAUUUGACAAAUUAGUGAAUUUAUAAUUUUGUGUAGGUUAGGAAGAUGAUGAAAAGCAAAUUUUUGACAUGAAUUGCAAAAGAUAUUAGUAGACACUCCUUUACUCUUUA